AUGCAGGAAGAGGAGAAGGGGAGCCGGGAGGAGAAGUUUCACGACGACAUGUCCAUCAACAGCCUGAACGACAGCGGCGCCCGCACGCCGCUCUGCCGCAUCUGCUUCCAGGGUCCGGAGCAGGGGGAGAUGCUGAGCCCGUGCCGCUGCAGUGGCUCGGUGCGCUGCAGUCACGAGCCCUGCCUGGUGAAGUGGAUCAGCGAGAGGGGCUCCUGGAGCUGUGAGAUCUGCUACUACAAGUACCACGUGGUCAGCAUCAGCACCAAGAACCCCCUGCAGUGGCGCUCCAUCACCCUGACGGUGAUUGAGCGCGUGCAGAUGGCGGCGGCGCUGCUGGGCUCCCUCUUCCUGCUGGCGUCCGUCUCCUGGCUGGUAUGGUCGUCGCUCAGCCCCAACGCCCGCUGGCAGCGCCGCGACCUGCUCUUCCAGAUCUGCUACGCCAUGUACGGCUUCAUGGACCUGGUCUGCAUAGUGCUCAUCAUCCACGAGGGCCCGUCCGUCUUCCGGAUCUUCCACCGGUGGCAGGCAGUCAACCAGCGCUGGAAGGUCCUCAACUACGACAAGGCCCGGGACCUGGCGGAGCAGCAGAAGCCGGAUGCCCCCCCCAGGAGACAACCCCCACUGCCGGCCCCCAGCGGACGGGCCGGGGCCCCCCCGUCGCCCAGCCCGCCCCGGCACAGACAGACGGGCACCGCCCCCUCCUCGCGCUCCUCGGCUCUCCUGGCCGCCGUCGCCAUGACGAUGACCCCGGCCCACCCAGGCGUGACCUCCUCGCCCGACCCGGAGGAAGAGGAGGAGGAGCGGGGGGGGCCAGCCAUGGAGGAGUCAGAGGUCACGCCCACGACGGCGGGGGGGCGGGGGGCCCCGGGACCCCAGGCCCGGAGCCCCAGCCCGACUCCUCCAACCCCCCAGACCCAGGGAACCAGAGACCCCAACAGGGAGCUGGUGAUGAGGGUCACCUCGCUGUGA